CGCAAACCGGUUUGCAAAAUAAAGUGCCCUGAAUGUACGAGCAUGGCUGCUUUGCUCAGGAUCCAGCUCGGCUCUUGCUAGUGAUUUUUACUCAGCGGGAGCGUUUCGGUUUGCUCGAGGGGGAGGUCUUGCUUUUCACUACCCCCACCCCUAACGACUACUACACGCCGCCGGGCCAGCCAGGGACAAGGGGCGUCCAGGGAACAUGAGGGUCCAGGGCAGCACAGCCUUGCUGCAGAAAGUUUUGCGCCGAAGCCGCGUCAGCUGGGACUGUAAUGUGGCAGCCCGGCACGCCGGCCAGUACUACAGGGCGCUCGCUGAGGCGCACUUUCUGCGCCCGCCGCGGUUCCAGCUCCUUCGUGCGAGCUCUUUCUCUUCACGGCUAGCCGCCGCUGGAGGAGGUGACUAUGAGGCGACUUUCAGGGCGUCGGUCGAGGAGCCUGAGAAACUGUGGGCAGAAGCGGCUCAGGGCAUCGAGUGGUUCAAGCCCUGGGCAAAAACUAUGGAGAGAAGAGAUCCCUUUAGCACCUCCUGGUUUGUGGGAGGAGAGCUGAAUAUUUGUUAUAAUGCUGUAGAUCGUCAUGUUGAGAAUGGACAAGGGGACCAGAUUGCCAUCAUCUAUGACAGUCCUGUAACAAAUACUAAAGAGACUAUAACUUACAGUGAAUUGCUUGAUCAGGUCUCCAAACUGGCUGGUGUGAUGGCAAGCCAUGGUGUGAAGAAAGGAGACUGUGUCAUCAUCUAUAUGCCCAUGAUCCCACAGACAAUAUACACGAUGCUGGCGUGCGCAAGACUAGGAGCGAUACAUAGCCUCAUUUUUGGUGGAUUUGCUUCAAAAGAACUUUCUACUCGCAUUGAUCAUGCCAGGCCGAAACUUGUUGUAACAGCAACAUUUGGAAUAGAACCUGGGAGAAAGGUGGAGUAUGUACCACUUCUAGAAAAAGCGUUGGAGAUGAUAACGCACCAGCCUGAAAGAGUUCUGAUUUACAGUCGCCCCAACAUGGGAGCUGUCCCUCUGAAGCAAGGACGUGAUGUGGACUGGCAUGAAGAAAUGGCAAAAGCCAAACCAUGUGACUGUGUCCCUGUUCUUUCAGACCAUCCACUUUAUAUUCUUUAUACAUCGGGAACAACUGGCACACCCAAGGGUGUUGUUAGACCAACAGGUGGCUAUGCAGUUAUGUUAAACUGGACCAUGUCUGCUAUAUAUGGACUUAAAACUAAAGAGAUUUGGUGGGCAGCUUCUGACUUGGGCUGGGUGGUUGGCCAUUCGUAUAUUUGUUAUGGACCUCUCCUUCAUGGGAAUACAACUGUUUUGUAUGAGGGGAAGCCCGUGGGAACUCCAGAUGCCGGAGCUUUUUUCCGUGUGCUGGCAGAGCAUGGAGUGGCUGCCUUCUUUACUGCACCAACUGCAAUUAGAGCAAUCCGUCAACAAGAUCCUGAGGCUACUUUGGGGAAGCAGUACAGACUGACAAGGUUCCGAACAUUGUUUGUAGCUGGUGAACGCUGUGAUGUGGACACAUUAGAAUGGUGCAAAAAAAUAUUCAGAGUACCAGUUUUGGAUCACUGGUGGCAAACUGAAACGGGAUCUCCAAUAACAGCUUCCUGCAUUGGCUUGGGAAACUCUUUAACACCUCCACCAGGACAGACUGGAAAACUGGUGCCAGGAUACAAUGUGAUGAUUCUGGAUGACAACAAUCAACCUGUAGAACCAAAGACUUUAGGAAAUAUUGUGGUGAAGUUGCCUUUGCCUCCUGGAGCCUUUCUGGGUCUUUGGAAAAAUGAGGACCUCUACAAGGACUUGUAUUUCCAAAAAUUUCCAGGAUACUAUGAUACCAUGGAUGCAGGUUACAUGGAUGAAGAUGGGUAUUUGUAUGUUCUUUCUCGGGUGGAUGAUGUGAUCAAUGUUGCAGGUCAUAGAAUUUCAGCAGGUGCAAUUGAAGAGGCUGUUCUCUCUCAUAGUGCUGUGGCAGAUUGUGCAGUUGUUGGCCAGGAGGAUUCCUUAAAGGGCCAUGUCCCACUAGCAUUGUGCGUCCUAAGAGAGGGAGUGAACAGUGAAGACAAACAACUUUUGGAAGAAAUUAUUGAGCGAGUUAGAGAAAAUAUUGGCCCUGUGGCAGCAUUCCGGAAAGCAGUAUUUGUGAAACAGAUACCAAAAACACGUUCUGGCAAGAUACCACGAUCAGCUCUUUCUUCCCUUGUGAACAGCAAACCCUACAAGAUAAGUCCAACUAUUGAGGACCCUACUGUGUUCAAACAUGUAGAAGAUGUCCUGAAGACCAAGUUAAAGUAACUGUUAAAAACAACUAAUCCCUGGAAUACUUAUUACAUCUAGUUAUGUCGGGAAUAUCAUGCAGGUCUAGUUUUAAUAGUAUUAAUGUUUGAUUUUAAAUGAUUUUAAUGUUUUAAUCAUUUUUCAUUUUUUAAAAAUUUGUAUUGUUUUUGUUGUACACUACCCAGAGAUGCAGAUUUUGGGUAGUAUACAAAUAUGUUAAAUAAAUAAAUAGGUAAAUAGAUAAAUAAAUAAAAACUUGAAACUCAUUUUAUUUCUGUAAAACUGCUGAGGAGUUUUCUACCACAGUGGGCAAGCAAAUAAAUGAUAGUGGAUUGGUGAAGUAAUUUUUUAAAUGAUUGAUAUUCAUAUAGAUUUAUUUUUGUAAAUGAGUGGGGUGAUGGUAACUUAUGUGCUGUUCCAAACCUGCUCCAAAUACAAAGCAGAGAAUGGUGGCAUAGAGCAGAUCCACCCAGAUUAAGCAAUUUUAUAUCACCUCAGUUUCAAUGCAAGAGUUAAUGUACUUAAAUCUCUUCCAUGGAAGUGAUUAUACAUCUUAUACAAAAAAAUUAAUUUUGUUUUAUACAAUUUUUGUUUACUUGUUGAAAACUUUGUUACUGUCAUUUUUAUGGCUUUGAAAAGAACACUAAAAUUUUCUUUAAUUUUCAGAUUAUAUAUGACAGAUGUCUUUAUGCAUGAUGGCAUUAGGUUUCUACCUUUCAGAAAUCUAAGUAAUGCUAAUAAAGUUAAUACAUACCUGCAAUCAUGCAGCACAAA